UAGAAAGUAACACAUGGCGGAUGGUGGUGAGUUGAUUUGAUCGGAAGCACAGUAAACAUUAAGUAAGGAAACAGCAUGGCGGGACUAGAGCUCUUAUCGGAUCAGGGUUACCGGCUGGACGGGCGUAAAGCGGCCGAGCUGAGGAAGGUCCAGGCCAGUAUGGGGGUGUUUGGACAGGCUGAUGGAUCUGCGUACAUCGAGCAGGGAAACACUAAAGCUCUGGCGGUGGUUUACGGACCUCAUGAGGUUCGAGGCUCCAGGAGUAAAACCCUGCACGACCGUGCAGUCAUCAACUGUCAGUACAGCAUGGCGACGUUCAGCACGGCGGAGAGGAAACGGCGGCCGCACGGCGACCGUAAAUCCAGCGAGAUGAGUCUUCACCUCAAACAGACGUUCGAAGCUGCUGUUCUCACCCAGCUGUACCCACGCUCCCAAAUCGACAUCUACGUGAAGAUCCUCCAGUCAGACGGUGGAAACUACAGCGCGUGUGUUAACGCCGCUACUUUGGCCCUGGUGGACGCCGGCAUCCCCAUGCGCGAUUACGUCUGCGCCUGCACCGCCGGAUUCGUAGAGGACACGCCCCUGGCAGACCUGUGCCACGCUGAGGAGAGUGGCGGUGGCACCACACUAUCACUGGCCAUCCUGCCCCGCAGUGAGAACAUCGCGCUGGUGCAGAUGGACGCUCGGCUCCACCAGGAUCACCUGUCUGCGCUGAUGGAGGCGGCCACGGAGGCCUGUAAGAGUCUCAGUAAAGUGCUGGACAGUGUGGUGCGCCAACAUCUGCAGGAGGUGUCGGUGCAGACCAGAGAGUGAGAUGUUAUCUGAGCUGGAGGUUGACUGGACAUUAAACUGGUGUAAUACUGAAUCUGCUUUUAUUUUUAUGAAUGUUUUUGUAUUGAGGCAAAGCUGAACUAAGAAAUGACACACUGUUUGGACAAAAGUAUUGGGACACUCAUUGUAAUUACUGAAUUCAUGUGUUUCUGCCACAACAACUGCAAACAGGUUUAAUAAAUCCAUUAUAUGAAAGAAA